AUGUUGCACUUCCUCAGCAACUGUUAUUUACUGAGCUGUGUUCUCUAUACAGUAAGUGUCUACAUCCCCACUGCACUGGGCACCUAAGUCAGCUCCUGCAUCCAUCUAGGACUGUCUGCAGGCUUUGUAGUACUAUUUCAACCCACAACAGAUGGCACACCUGGUCUGCUGCCUCCAGACUCCAGCUUUUGGCAGCAGUUCUUAUCUAUCUGCACAGUCCUCAAUGGCUUAGCAUAAUACCUACUACCUUCAGUUCCGAACCAGCUCUCCUGACUAUCUCAGGUAAAAAGUCUAUCCAAGCUUCUUACACUCCCCCCAAACCCAAGCCGACCCUCCAGUUCCUGAUCCAAGGCAAUAGAGACCUGACACAGGGCUGGUUAAGAGGUUUCAGGGCAAAUGGAAUUCCCCCUAAAUGUGCACCUGACCUUUGCAAUACUGUCGAAAUCUUUCAUCAUUAUUUUUUCUGAGUACAGUUAUAAACUUCUGAUCAGUAGAAUUAAUACAUUUGAGCUAGCAAGGAAGAUACGCUAUACUAUUUGACUGUAUAUGUCAAUCUAAACAGCUAGGUCAAGUUCUUUUAUGCAGAGAAAACAACAAAUUGUACAGAACCGAAAGUAGAAACAUAUUGAUAUUUUAUAGCACUUGGAAAAUUGUGCUGUCCUCUGCUUACUCAAUACAUGAUUAACACAUGUACUGUCUUGUAUGAAACGACCUGCCAGUGUCUAUAGAAAUUGCCCUAUAAGCAGCUACGAUAUUAGGUACGGCUCCUGAUUAAAAUGAGCAGUUUCUGAAGAAUAAUGGUGGCAGACGAAACAACAGAUUAUCAACGUAGCCAUCAAAAUUGUAUUAUGCAGAACCUUUCAUGAAAGGUAUAUGUUACAAACCAUAACUACUGUAUGUAAUGUGUUAAUAAAUGAAGGGGAUAAAUUGGUUUGUCAUGGCUCUGUGUAAUUAAAGACCCAUAGUCUUACCUCUCACUGGAUCACGGAUGUACUUUAGAAAUGGAGAAGUAUAGUUUUGUGGUUGGUAGAGGGGGCAGGCUUAGGUGUGCAGCUGCAACAACUAAACAUAAAGAGCAUCAGUAUGAAUUAUAAGCAGGCUCCAGCUCAAGUCUUGUAAGUGUAGUGUACCCAUCUAUGAAAGUGCCGACACCAUGCAAGAAUUCAGGGCUUCCUACACAUCCAGGCCUGGCCUCUGGUUCCAAGUUGCUAUAUUUGUAAGCAUAUAUACUGUGGCUUCCCAAGCCUUUAGCUGCUAUUUAAUGAGGAAGAAUUCAGACAAGGAAGACACGCCAUCUGAGCUGAAGGCUUCCAGCACUUUGGACCGCAUUACUGACUUGAACUGUUCGCGAAUAUCAGGCUACAUUUACAAAGCAGCUGUGAGAGUGACCGUCAAUGUAUUUGAAUCUGUAAAACUGAAAGUGCAUCAUAAUAUAACGGAGACAGUAUCUUUUGUCUGGCUGCAGAGGCGGAACAUCACCUACUCUCAGGUCGUACACUCCGCGGAGAGCAGAAGUUCCAUUUAUUUGCAUCUGUCAAGAGUAACUGAAAAAGAAGCUGGGAAAUACACGCUGGUGGUAAAACAUGAAAGCACCAGCUAUGCCAUACAUUUUGAAGUGGAAGUAAGAAGCAAACCAAGGAAACCAUAUUUUACAGUAUCAGAGAGGAAUGUUAUCUGUUUGACUGAAGGUUCCCCCACACCUGCAGUGUAUUGGGUAUCGUGCCUCUCACCUGUUGGCGGGUGUGAGAACAAGACAGGUUCUACUUACAAUGAGACAGACGUCUAUGGUAUUGUACACGUGCAGCAUAAGCUACAAGCAAGUUCCCUCCUGGGAAAUGUUAUCCAGUGUUGUGCUGCUAAUGCACUUGGUAGAGAGUGCAGCCAGCUUUAUACGAUAGAUUUGUUGUCUGCCAGACCUCAGCCUGAAAUGUUCCUUAAAAUUGGAGAACCCUUUGUUGUACGGUGUUGGGCAAAGCACACCUCAUAUAAAUUUAACAUUGAAUGGGAUAUUGAAAAUAAAAACAAGAUGCACUGUUUGGAAGAAAGCGCUUAUGAUCCUGAUGCUAGCAUGGUGAGAGUGCUAUUUGCAUCAUAUCCAGAGAUGGAGAGAGGAACCAGCACCAAUGUUACUUGUUUCUCCUCAGUUCAUCCAAGCAAGUCAGCAGAAGUUACACUUUUAGAUAAGGGAUUCAUUGACAUGAAUACUUCAAGCAAUAAAUAUGACAUUGACAGAAUGGAAGAACUUUGUUUUGUUGUAGAGUUUAAAGCGUACCCUGCCGUCAGGUGUGCGUGGAUCCACCAGUCUUACGUCUUCCCGUGUACUUUUCUGACAAAUGAAAAGGGAGCGAGCACAUCCAAGUACUGCAACCAUAAACAUGUACCAGGAGAGUAUUUAUUCUACAUAGAAAACAAUGACGUCCAGCUCAGCAAAUCCUUCACCUUGAAUAUUCUCUCACAAAAUAAUGUUUUUCUUCCAAUUGCGAUUGGAGUCUGUGGCCUGUGUUUUGCAAGUUUAUUUGUACUGGUUCUGACAAAGUACAAAAAGCAAUACAAGUAUGAAAGCCAGCUACAAAUGAUACAAUACAUCGGGCCCUCGGAUAAUGAAUACAUCUAUAUUGAUUUUAGCGUUUUGGAGUAUGAUUUAAAAAAAUGGGAAUUCCCAAGAGAGAAUCUGGAAUUUGGAGAUUCUAUCGGUUCCGGGGCAUUUGGAAACGUGGUCACUGCUACAGCUUAUGGUAUUAGCAAACCAGGGGUGUCCCUACAGGUAGCGGUCAAGAUGCUCAAAGAAAACCCUGAUGUUUCCGAAAAAGAUGCCUUAAUGUCAGAAUUAAAGAUGAUGACUCAGAUUGGACACCAUGAUAAUAUAGUCAAUCUGCUGGGAGCAUGUACUGUGUCAGGCCCAAUAUAUCUCAUUUUUGAAUACUGUCGUCAUGGUGAUCUUCUCAAUUAUUUGAAAAGAAACAGAGAGAUGUUCCACAAAACCUGGUCUGAUGUCAUUAAAGACAAUAACUUCACUUUUUACCAUAAUUUCAACCAGGAGGAACAGUUCAGAGCCAGAACUGUGACGUCAAUAAGUAACUGCUCCUAUACCUGGCUUAAUACUGGCCAGGAACAUGAGAAAAACCACCGGGACCUGUCUCCUGGAUGCACUGAGAUCCUGCAAAUCAAAGAAAUGAAAUACCAAAACAUCCGGAAGUAUGAGGAGGAGGAUCUGAACAUCCUCACCUUUGAAGAUCUGCUCUAUUUUUCGUACCAAGUUGCGAAAGGAAUGGAAUUUCUUGAAUCAAAGAUGUGUAUUCAUAGGGACCUUGCGGCCAGAAAUAUCCUUGUAACUGAUGAAAAAGUGGCCAAAAUAUGUGAUUUUGGACUUGCCAGAGAUAUUGUCAAUGAUUCAAACUAUGUGGUUAAGGGCAAUGCUCGUCUCCCAGUUAAAUGGAUGGCUCCAGAGAGUAUAUUUGAAGGAAUAUAUACCAUUAAAAGUGAUGUAUGGUCCUAUGGCGUAUUACUUUGGGAGAUAUUUUCUCUUGGGGUGAACCCAUAUCCAGGCAUGUUGGUCAAUGCAAAGUUUUACAAGCUCUUACAAAGUGGAUUUAAAAUGGACCAACCGUUCUAUGCCAGUGAUGAAAUAUAUUUCUUGAUGCAGUCCUGCUGGGCUUUUGAUUGUAAGAAAAGACCAUCUUUUUCACAGCUGGUUACUUUCUUAGGAUAUCAGAUUGCAAAUACAGAAGCUCUGGUGAAGGCAUCAGAUGCUCCUUCCUAAUGGACACUGCAUAAGAUAUGUUUGAAGGGAGUCGUAUUUGGUGCCUUAUUACCAGACAUCCAGGUGUGUGACCAGUCUACCUGCAGACAGAUGACUCCAUAAACCACCACUGGGAAUAUUGACUGCAUUUUCCAGAGCACAUAAGACAGAACUGUAAUUUUGAGGCCCCACUACAAUGCUGGGUCUAUUUGACUGCACAUUACCAGUGCGUCAUUGUAGCGUAUGUGUGUCAGCUAAAAUAUAAAUUAAUAUUACGUACUAUCAAUAUUAAUGGUAGCAACUUUUUGAACAUUUGUAUUUCUCCUGAGAUUCAUGUGUUAAUAAGGACAUAAUAUUAUAUAUAUAUAUAUAUUUUUGUUGUCACU